ACCCUAUACGCGGCGGCAGACGAGACAUAAACAAAACGUUGCUCGUGUUAAUUUGACAAAAACUUGUGAAAAAAUUAAUUAAAAAUUAUAAAAAAGCAUGGAAAAUAUGCGUAAACGAUAUAAAAACUGUGUAAAGCAAUAGUUAUAUGAAAGUGUGUCGUGUAAAAUGGAGAAAACAAUCGUAGUUACCACCGGCGUGUCUUCGCUGCCUACACAAACAGUAGGGGGAACGCCAAUAAUCGCAGCAGUGACGACGGUGGCAGCGGCAGCGGCUGCGCCUGUAAUCGGCGGGAGUAGUGCCGCCAGCACCGGCAGCGUCUUCCACCAACACCAACAACCAUUAAUAAAGAGCAAUAAUAAUAAUAGUGGCGGCAACAACAAUAACAAUGGCAAUACAAAUACUAAUAGUAGUACAACAACCACGACGACGAACAACAGCAGCACGGGCACCAACACGGAAACAAUCGAGUGUGUAACGUUGAUAAGCGAUGAUUCGGACGUGGAGGAAAUGUCACCAAAGCGUAAAGCACCUUCAGGCGCUGGUGGUAGUGGAACGCCUAGUAAAAUAAAAUACGAUGACGAUUCCAAUGAUGCGCAAGGUGGUGCCGUUGGGGAUGAGCGACGCACCAGUAGACGGAACAAACCAAAGGUUGAUUACUACAACAAACCAACGGGAGGAAAUACAGAUUCGGGUGAUAAACCAAGCACACCUUCGAGCUCAUCGGCCACCGGCGUUGGUGAUAGACGCUCAGAGAGUGGUAAAACGCGCAAAUCUGAAACGGCACGUAGCCCCUUUCCGAAGGAGAUCACCGAUCCACGCGAGGCAGCUGCGGCCGCGGCUGAGGCGUAUAAAGAAAUUUUGACAGGUCUAGAGGGUGCCGCCUUUCAAUCACGUCUACCCUUUGAUAAGAUGACUUCGAAUGAAGCCGCAUGUUUUCCCGAUAUCACCAAAACUGGUUUGGUGGCGCAGCGUGUUUUCCUCAACAUACGCAACCGCCUGCUGCAAAUGUGGAUAGAGAAUCCAAAACAGCAGCUGAUUGUAGAAAACGCUAUAAAAGAUAUGGAGCCACCAUUUGAUAGCGAUCCGAAUUUGGUGAAGCGCAUACACUCGUUUCUGGAGCGACAUGGUUUCAUUAAUUUUGGCAUUUUCAAACGUUUACGUUCCAUACCAGCCAAGAAGUUGGGCAAGGUUAUCGUUAUUGGUGCAGGCAUUUCAGGGUUAGCAGCUGCACAGCAGUUGCAGCAAUUUGGCAUGGAUGUGAUUGUAUUGGAGGCGCGUGACCGUGUGGGCGGACGAAUUGCUACUUUUCGCAAAAACAAUUACAUUGCCGAUUUGGGUGCUAUGGUUGUGACCGGGGUUUGGGGCAAUCCCAUGACUAUACUAAGUAAACAGAUCGGCAUGGAGAUGGUGCCCAUAAGACAAGCGUGUCCGCUCUAUGGUGCGUGUGGCAAGCCAGUGCCCAAGCACAAGGAUGAUAUGGUUGAACGCGAAUUCAAUCGACUUCUCGAGUCCGCCAGCUAUCUUUCUCACCAACUAGACUUCAACUACGCCAACGACGACCCUAUCUCACUUGGACGUGCCCUGGAAUGGAUCAUCAAGCUGCAAGAGAAGGCCGUAAAAGAAAAACAGGCGCAGCACUUGACCGUUCUCGCUGAAGCACAACGUGCCGUCAUUGCUACGCAGACACGCAUCUCAGAUUUGUUGGCCAAAAUACAAAACUACAAAGAAACCCACGCAAAACUACUAAAGUCACGCCCACAACGCAGUGGCGAUGGGGAUGCACUGUGGAUUGAACAUGAAUUCGAAAUACGUUCCACACAUUUUGAGUGGACUAAGAGCUGUAAGGAGUACGAGGAACUUAUCAAGGAAGAGGAAACACUGCAAGCUAAACUUAAAGAAAUCGAAAGCAAUCCUCCCAGUGACGUUUAUCUCUCGUCUAAGGAUCGCCAGAUACUGGACUGGCACUUUGCGAAUCUAGAGUUCGCAAAUGCUACACCACUAAGCAAUCUCUCCCUAAAACAUUGGGAUCAAGACGAUGAUUUCGAGUUCAUCGGCAAUCACACCACUGUGCGCAAUGGUUACUCGUGUGUGCCAAUUGCUUUAACCGAGGGUUUGGACAUACGCGUAAAUACCGCCGUUAAGACGAUUAAAUAUUUCCCCACUGGUGUGGAAAUCGUGACUGAAAAUUUGAAAACAAACAAUUCUUCCGUUACAUACAAAGCAGACAUUGCGCUCUGUACACUGACGCUAGGUGUGCUAAAGAUAGCCACCACCAAAGUGCAAUCGCAACAAGCAAAUACGGUAAAAUUUGAACCACCAUUGCCCGAUUGGAAGCAAUCAGCUAUACAGCGAUUAGGCUUUGGCAAUUUAAAUAAAGUUGUGCUCUGUUUUGAUCGUAUCUUCUGGGAUCCCAAUACUAACUUGUUCGGCCAUGUGGGCAGCACAACAGCUAGUCGCGGUGAACUCUUUCUUUUCUGGAGCAUUUCACAGUCACCAGUACUGCUCGCACUAGUAGCUGGUCAAUCGGCCGCCAUAAUGGAAAAUGUAUCGGAUGACGUCAUUGUCGGACGUUGUAUUGCUGUAUUGAAGGGCAUUUUCGGCAAUGGUUCCGUACCGCAACCCAAAGAAACAGUCGUCACACGUUGGCGUGCCGAUCCAUGGGCACGUGGCUCCUAUAGUUUCGUAUCCGUUGGAUCUUCUGGUAGUGAUUAUGAUCUACUCGCUUCACCCGUCAUACCACCGAAUCCGACGAGUACUAAUGCCAAUCAAGAACAAGAUGAGCUGCCGCGUCUAUUCUUUGCUGGCGAACACACCAUACGCAACUAUCCCGCCACAGUGCAUGGUGCCUUCUUGAGUGGGCUACGUGAAGCGGGUCGCAUAGCAGACUAUUAUUUGGGUUACCCAGAAGGCACACCGCCCGACAUCGGCUACUCUGUGGUGGAGGCGGCAAAUACAGCAUCUGUGGGCGACAAUGUGGAUAUUGUUGAUAUCGCCCAUUCAACCGAUUCAUCCUCAAAGACUUCGGAAGAGAAAUCGAACACUGCCGACUCUAACGAAUAGAUAGAGUUUAAAUAGGAAAGGAUGAAAAAUGUAAAUGUGUGAAUGUCUGCUUGCAUGCCUGUGAAAUAGCGCAUUUUUUAACCUACAUUCAUUUCAUACUAUGAGUUUUUUUUUUUUACUUCAAUGCCAUAUGCUUACGUAUGGUUUUUUAUCGUAUUUGUAGUUAUAUAUUAACUUAUUCAUUUAAGCCACUUUGUAUGCCCCUAACUUCGUUUGGGGGAAAACUUUCAUAUCUCUAAUUAGCAAAGAAUUAACAUUAAAAUAAACAACAUUUGUCUGUCCGCCUAUACACUUGUAA